AUGGUGAAAGCAGCAGGAGAAAGGAGGAUGUGGGACAAUGGUGGCAGUGACAUACAAAAAGGUUCAGAAUUACUGUGUCGGAUUGCCGUCUGGGACAAAAGUGAAAACGGGGAUUGGCAUUGCACUGCCAGCUGGAAGACACACAGUGGAUCUGUGUGGCGUGUGACAUGGGCUCAUCCUGAAUUUGGGCAGGUCCUUGCUUCCUGCUCUUUUGAUAGAACUGCAGCUGUAUGGGAAGAAAUAGUGGGAGAGUCAAACGAUAAGCUCCGAGGGCAGAGUCACUGGGUAAAGAGGACAACUCUAGUGGACAGUAGGACAUCUGUUACAGAUGUUAAGUUUGCUCCCAAGCAUAUGGGUCUUAUGUUAGCAACUUGUUCAGCAGAUGGAGUUGUAAGGAUUUAUGAAGCUCCAGAUGUGAUGAAUCUCAGUCAGUGGUCACUGCAGCAUGAAAUCUCAUGUAAGCUAAGCUGCAGCUGCAUUUCUUGGAACCCUUCAAGUUCUCGAGCUCAUUCUCCAAUGAUAGCUGUAGGAAGUGAUGACAACAGUCCGAAUAUAUUGGCUAAGGUUCAAAUUUAUGAAUAUAACGAAAACACCAGGAAAUAUGCAAAAGCAGAAGCUCUAAUGACAGUCACAGAUCCUGUACAUGAUAUUGCCUUUGCUCCAAACCUGGGAAGAUCCUUCCACAUCUUAGCUGUAGCAACCAAAGAUGUACGAAUUUUCACACUAAAACCGCUAAGGAAAGAGUUGACGACUUCUGGAGGAUUAACAAAAUUUGAAAUUCAUAUUGCGGCUCAGUUUGAUAAUCACAAUUCCCAGGUCUGGCGAGUGAGCUGGAAUAUUACAGGCACGGUGCUUGCCUCCUCUGGUGAUGAUGGCUGUGUUAGGCUAUGGAAGGCUAAUUAUAUGGACAACUGGAAGUGCACUGGUAUACUGAAAGGUAACGGGAGUCCAGUCAAUGGUAGUUCUCAGCAGGGAAUUUUUAAUGCCUCUCUAGGUUCAGCCAAUACAAGCCUACAGAAUUCCCUGAAUGGAUCGUCUGCUGGCAGGUAUUUCUUUCCCCCUCUGGAUUCCCCACGGGCUGGAUCGAGAUGGUCCAGUCAUGCCCAGCUCCUUCCUCCUCCUCCUCUGAUAGAGCAAUCUUGCGAUGCUGACACUGCCAACCUUCAAUAUCCUCACCCUCGCAGACGAUGUGUCUCUCGACCUCUUAAUCUAUUACCUGAGAAUGAAGGGGUUUAACAUACAUAAAUUUAAGUUCUAAAGGGCCUUAUUCUGAUGUUUGCAAAUACUUCCAUUUCUGGCUGCUUUUGUUUCUUCUUUCCUACAGAAGAUUUUCAAAAUUUGGGGGCUUUAUUGCAUGUUUUGCAAAACAAACCACAAUAUUUGGAACCUGUUAUUUGUGCUUGUGCAUCAAAGGAGCAAUUUAAUCUGUACCCUUUGACCUAUAGCAACACAGACAAACAGUGUUAACCAUCAGCUAUCUACGAAGUAGCUGACUUCAAAGUGCCUGUCUAUUAUUAUUAUUUUGAAAUCAGUUUAUUGUGGUCUUGAUUUUCUUUUUUGCAUUGCACUGAAAAAUGUGAAACUUACUGUCAAAACUCAACAUGCUUUCAAGAAGCUAUUUAGUAACUAAAGGAUGAUGUUGGAUCAACUCAUAAAAGAAACCAUUCCUGUGUAUACUGCAGCAAAAAAGAGUUUGGAGCCUUGGGUUGCUUUAAGAAUUUUCCAUCUUGCUGUAUAGACAUUUAAAUUUUAUAAUUGUGAUUGACUAAUAAACUUAUUCUUUUAAAAGGUC